AUGAAUGCCACAACUGCACCAACGUCUACCAGCACCGCAGCCACGGCGGAAAAAGACAGCACCACCACCAGUUUUUCCAGUUUGCACACAGAUAUCAUAGAAGCUCACAUCCUCCCUCGUUUAGACGGCGCCACUCUCGCCACCACAAGCUGCUCCUCCACUACCCUCCGCCACCUUUCUUCCCAAGAUCACUUAUGGACCCAAACAUGCCACUCCACGUGGCCUUCCACCAGGUCUUCUCGUGUCUGCCAGGUCAUCUCCACUUAUCCCGAUGGUGGGCCCCGCAGCUUUUUCGCCCACGCCUUCCCUCUCUUGGAAGAAGGCCGCUCUUCCUCAAAACACAGCUCUUCAGCACCACCGCCAUCAGAAUUGAUAUCAGCCGUUGAUAUACACUACCAAGACAAAAUAAUCUUCAGUAAAGUCCAAGAAACUGAAACCGUGACCGGGUGGUUCCGGUGCUCACCCUUCAGGAUUGACCUGCUAGAGCCAAAAGACGUGAUCCCCACACCCAUUAAACAACCGGACGGAGACGACACGUGUACUGUAAUUUUCAAAGAUAUGACGCUGAGCUGGAUUCUGAUAGAUCCAAUCCGACGGCUGGCAGUGAACCUCUCAUCUCACAAGCCUGUUACUGUACAGCGCCACUGGUUGACCGGGGAAGUGCAGGUGCGGUUUGCUUCAAUCCUAGCCGUUUCUCGUGGUCACGUGCAGUGUGGUAUAGUGGUCACGUGCUGUGUGUCCGAGGAAGGGGAGAUGAUGCAGAUGAGAGAAAUAAGUUUAGAUAUUGAGGACAUGGAUGGAAUGCACAAAAAUGGGAAGGAGUGUUUGGGUAUUUUACACAGAGCAAUGGAUGGUAAAAGGGGAAAAGGGAGAAACAGAGUAGAAGAAGGACACAGGAGGUACAAAGAGUAUCUUGAAAUGAAGAAAGAGAGGAGAGAAAGAAAAGUGAGGACAGAAGGGACAUUAGAUAUAUUGUGUGUGGCAUUUGGGGUAUCUUGUUUUGUGGCUUUUUUAUGUUUUAUUUUCUUCAGAUAG